GUCAGGCAGAAUUCUGGAGCCCAAACAGGUGGCCGGCCGUAGGGACGGACUGUUGCCAGCUCCAAGGACAGCGGGACGAGGACCGGCUUUCCGAAGCCGCUGCCACAGGUGGCACCCGAGGCUGCUCGCAGGUGCCCGCUGCAGGCCGUUUGCUCGCUCCGGGUUUCCGAGUGUCUUCCCUCGUCGCGUCCCCUCCUGGCCGGCGGUCCUCCGGUUCGCAGGCCAUGGCAGCGCGGGACGGCAGGUCGGAGCCGCCGCAGCUCGCCGAGUACAGCUGCAGCUACGCGGUGUCGCGGCCGGUGUACAGCGAGCUCGCCUUCCAGCAGCAGCGAGAGCGGCGCCUGCCGGAGCGCAGGACGCUGCGGGACAGCCUGGCGCGGAGCUGCAGUUGCUCAAGAAAGAGAGCCUUUGGUGUGCUGAAAGCUGUCUUGCCCAUUCUGGACUGGCUCCCAAAAUACCGGGUCAAGGAAUGGCUACUCAGUGACAUCAUCUCUGGAGUCAGCACUGGGCUAGUGGGUACCCUGCAAGGGAUGGCUUAUGCUCUGCUAGCUGCGGUUCCUGUUCAAUAUGGUCUCUACUCUGCCUUUUUCCCUAUCCUGACAUAUUUUAUCUUUGGAACAUCAAGACACAUCUCAGUAGGCCCUUUCCCGGUGGUCAGUUUAAUGGUGGGGUCUGUUGUUUUGAGCAUGGCUCCAGAUGACCACUUUCUUGUGCCCAGUGGUAAUGGAAGUGCAUUGAACUCGACCGUGUUAGACACUGGAACCAGAGAUGCGGCACGCGUGUUGCUUGCGAGCACCCUCACUCUUCUAGUUGGAAUCAUACAGCUGGUGUUUGGAGGUUUGCAGAUUGGAUUCAUUGUGAGGUAUUUAGCAGAUCCUUUGGUUGGCGGAUUCACAACCGCUGCUGCCUUCCAAGUGCUGGUCUCACAGCUAAAGAUCGUGCUCAAUGUCUCAACCAAGAACUACAACGGCAUCCUCUCCAUUAUCUACACACUCAUCGAGAUUUUUCAAAAUAUCGGUGACACCAAUAUUGCCGAUUUCGUCGCUGGGUUACUGACCAUCAUCAUCUGUAUGGCUGUCAAGGAAUUAAAUGAUCGAUUUAAACACAAAAUCCCAGUCCCUAUUCCUAUAGAAGUGAUCGUGACAAUAAUUGCCACUGCCAUUUCCUAUGGGGCUGACUUGGAAAAGAAUUACAAUGCUGGCAUUGUUAAAUCCAUCCCAAGUGGGUUCUUGCCUCCUGUACUGCCAUCUGUGGGCCUGUUUUCUGACAUGCUGGCUGCAUCCUUUUCCAUUGCUGUGGUGGCUUACGCUAUUGCAGUGUCUGUAGGAAAGGUCUACGCCACCAAACAUGACUACGUCAUAGAUGGGAACCAGGAAUUCAUUGCCUUUGGGAUAAGCAACGUCUUCUCUGGAUUUUUCUCCUGUUUUGUGGCUACCACUGCUCUGUCUCGAACAGCUGUCCAGGAGAGCACUGGGGGAAAGACACAGGUUGCUGGUAUCAUCUCGGCUGUGAUUGUGAUGAUCGCCAUCGUUGCUCUGGGGAAGCUUCUGGAACCCUUGCAGAAGUCAGUCUUGGCAGCCGUCGUCAUUGCCAACCUGAAAGGGAUGUUUAUGCAGGUGUGUGACGUUCCUCGGCUGUGGAAGCAGAAUAAGACUGAUGCUGUUAUCUGGGUGUUUACAUGCAUAAUGUCCGUCAUUCUGGGGCUGGACCUGGGUUUGCUAGCUGGCCUUUUAUUUGGACUACUGACUGUGGUCCUGAGAGUUCAGUUCCCUUCAUGGAAUGGCCUUGGAAGUGUCCCCAGCACAGAUAUCUACAAAAGCAUCACACAUUACAAAAAUCUUGAAGAGCCUGAAGGAGUGAAGAUUCUGAGAUUUUCCAGUCCCAUUUUUUAUGGCAAUGUUGAUGGUUUUAAAAAAUGUGUCAAGUCAACAGUUGGAUUUGAUGCCAUUAGAGUAUAUAAUAAGAGGCUGAAAGCACUGAGAAGAAUACAGAAACUCAUCAAAAAAGGACAACUCAGGGCAACAAAGAACGGGAUUAUAAGUGAUGUUGGUUCAUCAAAUAAUGCUUUCGAGCCUGAUGAAGAUGUUGAAGAGCCAGAGGAACUCGAUAUCCCAACCAAAGAAAUUGAGAUUCAAGUGGACUGGAACUCUGAACUCCCGGUGAAAGUGAAUGUUCCCAAGGUGCCAAUCCACAGCCUGGUGCUGGAUUGUGGAGCUGUAUCCUUCCUGGAUGUGGUCGGAGUGAGAUCAUUGCGAAUGAUUGUCAAAGAAUUUCAGAGAAUUGAUGUGAAUGUGUACUUUGCUUUGCUUCAAGAUGAUGUGCUAGAAAAGAUGGAGCAGUGUGGGUUCUUUGAUGACAACAUUAGAAAGGACAGAUUCUUUCUGACGGUUCAUGAUGCUAUACUCUACCUACAGAACCAGGUCAAAUCCAGGGAGGGCCAGGAUUCCCUGCUAGAGACGAUCACUCUCAUUCAAGACUGUAAAGAUCCUCUUGAACUGAUGGAAGCGGGGAUGAAUGAGGAAGAACUUGAUGUUCAAGAUGAGGCCAUGCGUAGACUUGCUUCCUGAGAGAGGACUGCUAGACAGAAGCUGGUCAUCAGCCCGUUCUCUGCAAGGGUUUCCUGCACUGACUGUUUCUUUGCACUUCAGCCAUCCGCUUACUGAGACGUUGAAAUAUGUACAUCUGAAGCUUCUUAGGCAUCACACAAGAAACAUUUCUCAUUUCUAUGUUUUGAUGCAGAAACAAACAGCUUAGCUCUAAAAUAUCCAAAACCAGGAGAAUUCUCCCUGAGAAUUAGCAGUAUCCGGACGGGCUGCUGUCCCUCACCAUGUGCUGAUGCCAGGGCAGGUUUGCUGUCCGUGUCCACAGGGGCUCCAUCUGUCUCUGUUAAGUUGACCCAACAGCCUCUGUGGGCAGAUGAGUCAGGAAGGACUAAUCACAGAUUCCUGACUAACUCUGAAAUCCAUGUGUUGUGUUGAUCACAGUGAGAAAGGUAAAGUAGAAUUAUUAUGUACUCGUUAAUGAGCUUUAAAGAAAAUAAAACCAAUCUUUUAAAAAAUGAUUUUA